UAAACUCUCACUCUUUCUCUCUUCAUAAUAUACAGAGAGAGAUUGGGAGAGAUAUCGGGAGAGAUCGAGAGAGAUGGCAAGAACAAGCUCUCCAAACCGACACCGUCAAAAUUAGGGUUUCGUCAUCCAAUUACAUGGCGAACAACAACUUGCCGACGGUGAAGAAGAAGGAACCAAUCCAAGGAUUACUCCUAGGUCGAUACGAGAUCGGCAAAUUCCUAGGUCAAGGAACCUUCGCGAAAGUCUACCAUGCUCGAAACGUUAACAACAACGAAACCGUCGCCAUUAAAGUGAUCGACAAAGAGAAAGUUCUGAAAGGAGGUUUAAUCGAUCAUAUCAAACGAGAAAUUUCAAUCCUCCGCUUAGUACGUCAUCCAAACAUCGUCAGAUUAUUCGAAGUCAUGGCUACAAAGUCCAAAAUCUUCUUCGUAAUGGAAUACGUUAAAGGCGGCGAGCUUUUCAAUAAGGUAGCUAAAGGUCGAUUAAACGAAGACGUUGCUCGUAAGUAUUUCCAACAAUUGAUUUCCGCAGUCGCGUUCUGUCACGAUCGUGGCGUUUAUCAUCGCGAUCUGAAACCGGAGAAUCUUCUCCUCGACGAAAACGGCGAUUUGAAAGUCUCUGAUUUCGGUCUUAGCUGCGUUUCUGAUCAGAUCCAACAGGACGGAUUGUUUCAUACGUUUUGCGGUACACCUGCUUACGUUGCGCCGGAAGUUCUUGCUAGAAAAGGAUAUGAUGCAGCUAAGGUAGAUAUUUGGUCUUGUGGAGUUAUUCUGUUUGUUCUUAUGGCUGGUUAUUUACCUUUUCAUGAUCAGAAUAUUAUGUCAAUGUAUAAGAAAAUCUACAAAGGUGAAUUUCGUUGCCCUAGAUGGUUUUCGCCUGAACUAAUUCGAUUGCUUAGGAAAUUGCUAGAUACAAAUCCUGUUACUAGAAUAACUAUUCCUGAUAUUAUGAAGAAUAGGUGGUUUAAGAAAGGAUUCAAACAAAUUAAGUUCUACAUUGAGGACGAUAAACUCUGUAGUAUUAACGAUGAUGAUGAUAACGAUAACGAUGGUGGUGUUGAGUCGGAGUCUGAUCAAUCUUUAUCUGAAUCAGAGACAGAAUCGGAGCCACUGAAAAGAAUUGGAAGCUUGGCUAGGCCUGCAAGUUUAAACGCGUUUGAUAUAAUAUCAUUUUCGCCUGGUUUUGAUUUAUCUGGUUUGUUUGAGGAAAGUGGAGGUGGAGGGGAAGGUGCGAGAUUUGUUUCGGGUGCACCAGUUUCUAAGAUCAUAUCGAAAUUGGAAGAGAUUGCUAAAGUUGUGAGUUAUUCAGUGAGGAAAAAGGAUUGUAGGGUUAGUUUGGAAGGGUUUAAACAAGGUACGAAAGGUCCAUUGACGAUUGCUGCAGAGAUAUUCGAGUUGACACCUGAAUUAAGAGUGGUGGAGGUGAGGAAGAAAGGCGGAGAUAAAGGAGAAUAUGAAGAAUUCUGUAACAGCGAACUGAAGCCCGGUUUGCUUACCCUUAUGGCUGAAGAAACCGAACGAAAUGCUGCUUCGAUUCGUCAUGUUUGUUCUACUCCUGAUUUUCGUAAAUUGGAUCUUACUGCUGAGUAAAGAAGAUGAAUGAAACUGGAAGAAACAUGCUUGGACUGGGAAGGAGACAGACAAAAACUGUGUUUUUUUUUUUUUUUUUAAAUUUAUUUGCUCAAACCAGACCAGAGGUACAACAAUCUUCUAAUGUAUGUUUCUUAAAUUGACAUUGUUUUGGUAAUGAAAGUAGUUAUGAAUGUUAUGGAAAGAAGGUGUUUUGGGGAAUAAGGUUAAGAUGAAAACAGCAUAUUCUAAGUUA